AUGCUUUUCCAGAUGGUGGUGAAGUUUGGCCAAGUGGUGCUGGGUCCACCAGGAAGUGGCAAGACAACCUAUUGUAAGGCUAUGGCCUCACUCUUGCGAAGUCUUGGACGUAAAGUGUCCAUCAUCAAUCUUGAUCCAGCCAAUGAUGUCCUCCCAUAUGAAGCAACAGUUGAUAUCAGUGAAUUAAUCCAGGUAGAGGAGGUGAUGGCAACCAAGAAUGUGGGGCCAAACGGAGGUCUCGUUUUCUGCAUGGAAAUGUUGGAGGCAAAUCUACCCUGGCUGCUCAACAAGGUCCAGGCCUUGGAGGGACACUACCUGAUAUUUGACUUUCCAGGACAGGCCGAGUUGUAUGCACACCACACAAUGGUGCGCAAUAUUUUAAGAGAGUUGGACAAAGCUGAAAUUCGCCUUUGUGCAGUCUACCUUGUGGACUCUCAUUAUGCUAAUGAUCCAGGAAAAUAUGUGUCUGCUGUACUGUUAACAUUAAACAGCAUGUUAAUGAUGGAAUUGCCUACUGUGAAUAUUCUCUCAAAGGUUGACUCAGUAGAAAAAUAUGGAAGCCUGGAUAUGGGUCUUGAAUUUUACACAGAAGUCAUGGACUUGGAAUACCUUUUAGAAUACCUCGGAGAUGCACCAGUCACGCGCAAGUAUACCAAGUUGAACAAGGCCAUGGCAGAUGUGAUCUCAGACUAUUCCCUGGUGACCUUCAUCCCCCUGAGUGCGGACAGCAGGUCCACGCUGUUGGCUGCGAUGAAGGCAGUCGACAAGGCCAAUGGAUAUAUAUAUGGUAGCGGGGAAGAGCGGAAUAUCCAAAGGUUAUUGUCAUGCGCCGUCGGUGCUGAUUUUGAGCAUGAGCGUCUGGGGAACGUGCGUGAUGAGUUCAUGAGAGGAGACAGUGAAGAGGAUGAUGAGGAGGAUGAGGAAAUUAUCAAGAUGAUAGCUACUCAGAAUCAAAAUAGAUAA